GGGAUGCGUUUGAGCGGGUCUAUGUGAGCGUGUGAGCCAGGUCGGAGGUCAUGCUGCGGACGGAAUCUGACUCCCACGGCCUCUUUUCGUCUGGAGAGACGUCUGACAAUGACUGUGAGAUGAGGGCGAGUUGUGGAGAGGUAGAUGUAGUGUGUGUGUGCGAGGCCGGUCCCUGUACACUUUAUUCAGAAGCACACACUCCUACGCCGGACACACUGCUGUGUGAACACUGUGGGAAAAACCGGGUAAUGAUAACCAGGUACUCCGAGGGAUACGGCACGGAGGAGGAGUGUGUGUUGUCUGACCCUCAGGGGGAGAGUGAUGCAGAUGCUGAUAUAGAGGACACAGAUUGCAGACUCCAGGAGCCAGGUUCUCUCCAGCGAAUCAGCUCUCGAAGACGUAAGCGUCCGCGGGUAGCUCGGCAAGACACCACCGAGAGCGAGGACGACGGCGGGCGAAGCCACAGAUCACAUCGCUGGAACCUCAGGCUCAGCCCUGCCAGACCACACAGCAGGACAAUACUGGAGGAGAGCAUAUCACAGGUCAGGCCACUGGUCAUCUGCCGGCCGAACGAGGAGAGGCAACAGAGUCCGGGCGACCUGCCCCGAGGCUCCAAGCGUCUGAGGUCUCUAUGGCCAUCUUCCCUCUCUCUGCCUCUCAUCCUCCUCCUCUUGCUGCCUCUCUCCCUCUCCCUCGUCAUUGUUAUCGUGUCUUUCCUUCUACCGUGGGCCAGCGCUUGACUCUUUUCUGUUUCAUGAGAAUAGUUUAUUACAACAAAAAAACAACCACCGACUCAGACAAUGCACAAAAUGGGAACACGCACAUGUUGCUUUACGCAGGAUAGUACAGAUAAAGCCGCUCUCUGUACAUGUUACAUCCAGAAACUCUGCUCACGAUCUAAACUCAGUGCUUUCUUCUGCUUCAUGAAAUCUCACCUUCCACUUUCUCACCCCCUCGUUUGUAAAAAUAGACCUCUCGUCUGGCUCCUUGUUCUAACGAGCCACAGGAGUGAUACGCGGGGGAAAGGUUUCAGGGCUGCACAGGUAGAUUCAAAAGGGAAAAUUACAACGCUCAAGUGGAAAAUAGGACGACGAUGAUGCUGCUGAACUAUGCAAUUCUUAAGUUCCUACUGCAGCAUCUCAUCUGCUGUUAAAAGAAGUCUCCUAUUUCUUUGGCACUAUCGUCCCCUUCUUGACCCCUUCCCUUGUCUCUUUGAAAUACAAGGAGUUCUGGUUCUAAAAUAGAGCAUGACCCAAUUUAAAAAGCAAUAGCAGAAGAGAUCUGAUAUGGCUCCUGAUCUGUAGUUGUUGAGCAGUACGUGUGUUUAAUGAGUGGGUUAUGUGUUAUUUUACUGGUUGCCGAUUUAAAAACAGGGAAUCUUCUUUUUCUUCUUCCUCGCUGCACUCGUGUAUGUUUUCAGUAAAAUAAGCCGACCUCAAAACUAAAUGGGCUUUAUUGGAACUUAAUUAUGUUAAAGUCAUUUAAACACUUCUUACAGUUGAUUACUAUUGUGUUUAAAAGUAUUCAUGUUAUGUUAUCUAUAUUUAUGAAUGAUCAUUUAAGAAGAAAUGUGAGGUUGACAAUCAGUCACGCUACUUAUUCCAAUUGGAAAAGGCUGUGACUUUUCUGUACUGUAUGUUAAUUGUUACGGUGUUUUUGUAUGUAUUUAAAGUUGUGACUUUGCUUCACACCACAGUGGAUUUGCUUGCAUCCUUGUAGAGAAAUGUUCCCAAUUGAGAUCAGGUUGUGCUGUAUGAGCUCAUUUGAUUCAUGUUGUGUUGCCUGCCUUACCUUUUAUCUCCAUGUGUGUGUGUGUGUGUGUGUGUGUGUGUGUGUGUGUGUGUGUGUGUGUGUGUGUGUGUGUGUGUGUAUGUGUGUUCACCUUUGUGUUCAUGGGGCCAUAGAAGUAAAAAAGCCAAUAAAACUACAUUGUAU